AUGGAGACAAUUCAAGGUACCAAACUUGGAUCCACGCCCUUUACUGAUUUCAUGGUUGCCGAACCCCGAUUCUUUUGCCAAGCAUUCAUGUCGACAAUGUCUAAGUGUGAUAGUGUUGAAAGCAAUAUCCGCGAGACAUUGAAUGGCACAAUUGUGAAGUAUAGGGGCUUGAGAAUAAUCGACAUGCUAGAGGGUAUUAGGUUGUACAUGAUGGACCGGUUCGUCAUUAGGUACAACUUGUUGAUGAACUCCCCGGACAUGCUGUGCCCUAGAAUUAGGAAGAGGGUAGAGAAAGAAAAGGAAUUCUCUAGGUUGUGUAUUGCUAGGAAAACAUUGGCGGACAAGUGUGAAGUGAAGAUGGGUGAGAAUGGCUACAUAGUGGACCUAACAGAUAAGAGUUGUACAUGUGGAUACUGGCAAUUGAGUGGCCUGCCUUGUUGCCAUGCUAUCUCGGCAAUUUCACACAUGAGGAAGGAGGUGGACGAUUAUGUACAUCCUUGUUACAAGGCCCAUCAUGUCGAGGGAGGCUACAGGGCUGGCAUGCAUUGCUUAGACGGUAGGCGGACUUGA